UAAGAAUAAUACAUUUAUGUAAUCAGAUUUAAUUAUCGCUUAGAUAAUGGCUUAAAGAUGAAACUCUUCUUCUUUCCUCUACGAGUAUGAAUCAUACUUAUGUUAGCACAACCUACUGGCACCGAUCGGUACUACAGAAAUAUCAGCUGUGUUGUUUUGACGUUUGUCUGACAGUUCUUGUGGGUAGUUUAUUUGUCAACAAUAGUGUAGAUGAUGGUCAAUAUAUAUAUUUAUUAUGGUAGAUUAUAAUUAAACGUUUUGCAAUGGCUUUAAAGAUAGUUUCUUGUCCAACAGUAUUGUUACUACUUGCAGUCUGCUUGAAUGUUGCAGCAAUUCACAAAAACCUUAAAUAUUAUGAAACAUUCCAUGCUGAUAAGCUGACUCACAAGAUAGUGAAGAGGGGACUGAAGGAGAGUGACCAUCCCUUCAAUAAAAUCAAAGAAGUUAACUUUGAUGCUCUGGGUAGGAACUUCAGGGUGAUCUUGACCCCAAAGAGAGGUGUUCUGCAUUCCAAUUUUAAAGCCUACACAGUGGAUGGUGACGGCAAAGAGACCACAGUCCAUUUGGAUCAUGACCAGUUUUAUGAUGGCAGAGUGUUUGGGGAAGUUUCAUCUCAUGCCAGUCUGCAUAUUGAUGAUGGUGUUAUGACUGGUAGCAUUCAUUUGCCUGACGAGACUUAUCACAUAGAGCCGUCUUGGAGGCAUCUGCCGCAUUUGGAUAAUAGAACGAUGAUUGCCUAUAAGGAAUCAGAUGUAAAGUUUAGCUGGGAUCAUAAGGAUUACGCGGAUAUUGCACCGAAGACUUGCGGGUAUAUUAAGGAAGGCGCUGAAAUGGAGAGCGACGAGGAUGUGGAGCCUAGCCCUUGGACAUCCGAGGUUCACAGGGAGAAGAGACAGGUUGAUCAAUACGAAUACACUCCCACGAAAACCAGGUGUCCUCUCCUACUUGUGGCGGACUACAGGUUCUUCCAAGAAAUGGGCGGAAGCAACACGAAAACGACCAUCAAUUAUUUAAUAAGCUUGAUAGAUCGUGUGCAUAAGAUAUACAACGAUACAAUUUGGCACGAUAGGCAGGAGGUGGACGGUUUUAAAGGCAUGGGUUUCGUUAUUAAGAAGAUCGUGGUACACAAUGAAGCGACCCGUGUCAGGGCAGGCGAAGCUCAUUACAAUAUGAUGAGGGACAAAUGGGAUGUUAGAAAUCUUCUGGAGUCCUUUUCACGGCAAAGACAGAACAAGGAUUUCUGUUUGGCCCAUUUAUUCACAUACCAAACGUUCCUGGCGCGCGAUUCCGUUGUCCUCGGGUUAGCCUAUAUUUCGUCCAGCCGUAGAAGCUCGCAUGGCGGCAUCUGUUCCAAGGAGUACUUUAAAAACGGAUAUACUCUAUACUUGAAUUCCGGACUGAGUUCGAGUAGGAAUCAUUACGGUCAGAGGGUGAUCACGCGCGAAGCAGAUCUUGUAACGGCACACGAAUUUGGUCACAAUUGGGGCUCGGAACACGAUCCUGACAUACCGGAGUGCUCGCCUAGCGCGAGCCAAGGGGGCUCAUAUCUAAUGUACACGUACAGUGUGAGCGGAUAUGACGUAAACAACAAGCGAUUCUCCCCUUGCAGUUUGAGGUCCAUUCGAAAAGUAUUGCAAGCGAAAUCCGGUCGAUGCUUUUCAGAGCCGGAGGAGAGUUUCUGCGGUAAUCUGCGUGUAGAAGGGGAUGAGGAAUGCGACGCGGGUCUUCUAGGAACAGAGGACAAUGAUGCCUGCUGCGACAAGGAUUGCAAGUUGAGGCGGGGUCAGGGUGCAGUUUGCAGCGACAAAAACUCGCCCUGCUGUCAGAACUGCCAGUACAUGCAGAAAGGGAUGAAGUGUAGGGAGGCGCAAUAUGCGACCUGCGAACAGCAAUCUGUUUGCACCGGAUACCAAGCCGAGUGUCCCCGAAGUCCUCCCGUCGCCGAUGGCACCGACUGCCAGGAGAGAGGAAAAUGUCGGAGCGGAAAGUGCACGCCUUACUGUGAAACGCAAGGUCUGCAAAGUUGCAUGUGCGAUACCAUUUUGAACGCAUGCAGAAGAUGCUGCCGCAUGAGCAUGAACGAGAGCUGUCUUCCUGUGGAACCGGCUGACAUUCUGCCCGAUGGUACGCCCUGCAUACAAGGCUUUUGUAAUAAAGGCAACUGCGAGAAGACAAUCCAGGAUGUGGUCGAGCGUUUCUGGGAUAUCAUCGAAGAUAUCAAUAUCAACAAGGUGCUGCUCUUCCUGCGCGACAAUAUUGUUGGUACCGUUGUCCUGGUAACAGCUCUCAUCUGGAUACCUGCCAGUUGCGUUAUUGGUUACGUGGACCGGAAGCGUAGGAAGAACGAGAGUCGACGCAUGGAAUGGAAGCGGAAAGCGGAACUAAUGCAUCCCAUGGAUCAUCGACAGGUCAUCAACAUACGCGUUCCGCGAAGACACGCACAAGAAAUCUAAAACAUAAUUACUUUACACCACAAGAUUCAAAAUAGUCAUUAGUUAGGCAGUCUUACCAUUAAACAGAUUAAUUUAACGGAUAGUAUUUUACUCAUGUCUUCAUAUUGCCAUUACACUCUUAAAUAAACAUUUAGUAUUCCCACAUAAUUAAAUACAUCAUACCAGUUUUUAAGUAACUAUUUGUACAU